GCAGGCGGCCGUGAAGCGACCUCGGAGCGGCGCAGUGCUGCAGUGUGAUGCGGCGGUGUGACGGAGCAUCCUCCGGCCAGGAUGGGCAACAAGCAGACAACCUUCACCGACGAGCAGCUGGAGGCGUUUCAGGACUGCACCUUCUUCACCCGGAAGGAGAUCCUGCGGUUACAUGGUCGAUAUCGUGAACUGGCUCCACAUCUGGUUCCGCUGGACUACACCAACAACCCCGACAUCAGAGUGCCGCUGACGCUCAUCGUCACCAUGCCGGAGCUGAAGGAGAACCCGUUCAGGGACCGGAUUGUGGAGACGUUUUCCGAGGACGGACAGGGGAACCUCAGCUUCAAUGACUUCGUCGACAUGUUUUCUGCUCUCUGUGAAACUUCACCACGAGAGCUCAAGACCAUCUACGCCUUCAAGAUCUACGACUUCAACAGGGACAACUUCAUCUGUAAGGACGACCUGCAGAAAACCCUGAACAAGCUGACGGAGGGCGAGCUGACGGAGGACGAGGUCACGCUGGUGUGUGAUAAAGCCAUCGAGGAGGCCGACCUGGACGGAGACAGUAAACUGUCCUUCGCCGACUUCGAGAACAUGAUCUCCAAAGCUCCUGACUUCCUCAGUAACUUCCACAUCAGGAUAUGAGGCCUCCCAGCUGAGAUCCUGCAGAGCACAGAUGUCUCACUCCUCCCUGUUUCCACCUGAACCUCAGACCACCUCGACUCAGUGCCUGUCCUUUCCACCGCCGGCGGAGAGUCUUCUUCUUCUUCCUGCAGAGCUGAGAGCUGGACAGGUGGACGGUGUCAUGGAGGACGACGUCUCCGAGGACGACUCAGAACAGGGCUUUAGGACUUCAGUGCUUUGAAACAUGGAUUCCUGUGAAAGCACACCUCUAAAGGGCAAACAGAGAAGAGCUAUGCAAUCUUUGUUCCUGCAUGUUGUGAGCUGCUUCUAGCUGGUGAGUUUGUACCUCUGGUUUAGUGAAGCGUUCUGGUGCAUAAUGACAAUCAUAGUAAACUGUAGCUCAGUUGAUGGAAGGGCUCUGUCAUCUCACCUGUCAGCCGGCUUUGAUAAACCAAUAACUUCAAGACAAAAUGUUUUCUGGCUAGAAUCAAAUAAAAUGUUUUUCUGUC